AGGGUGCCCGUGAGCUCCUCGCAGGGGGGCAGGAAGUAUAAAAGCAGCGUUCCCCGAGGAGGGUCCCUGGCAGGAGCUGGGCAGGCGGCGCUGGAGCGGGUGAUGCUCUCRCUACCUCUGUGACAGAACACGCCAUGGAUGGGGGCAAGCAGMUAAAGGUCACCCUUGUUCUCAGCCUGCCGCUCGUUUUUCAGUUCUGUGCCGGGGACAAUGUCACCGAUUACUACGACACCAACACCACCAUCGACUACAGCAUGUUCGAGUCGCUGUGUGAGAAGCAGGAGGUUCGCUCCUUCCGCGCCGCUUUCCUCCCGGCCAUGUACAGCCUCAUCUGCUUCAUGGGGCUGCUGGGCAACGGGCUGGUGAUGCUCACCUACAUCUACUUCAAGAGGCUGAAGACCAUGACAGACAUCUACCUGCUGAACCUGGCUAUAGCAGACAUCCUCUUCCUGCUCACCCUGCCCUUCUGGGCCGCCAGCGCGGCCACGCAUUGGUCUUUUGGGAGUUUCGCCUGCAAAGCCGUCUACUGCAUCUGCAAAAUGAGCUUUUUCAGYGGGAUGCUGCUCCUGCUGUCCAUCAGCAUCGACAGGUACUUUGCCAUCGUCCAGGCUGCCUCAGCCCAUCGCCUGCGCCCCCGCAUGAUAUUCAUCAGCAAGGUGACGUGCAUCGUCAUCUGGCUGCUGGCCUUCAUCCUCUCCAUCCCUGAGCUGGUUCACAGCGGUGUGAACAACCUGGAYAGCAACCCCAGUUGUUCCAUCAUUGCUCACGACUUGCAGACCUUCAGCACUGGCCUCAAAGUGUCCCAGAUGGUGUUUGGCUUCUUAAUUCCCCUCCUGGUCAUGUCUUUCUGCUACCUCGUCAUCAUCAAGACGUUGCUCCAGGCUCGCAACUUCGAGAAGAACAAAGCCAUCAAGGUCAUCAUCGCCGUGGUCAUCGUCUUCGUCGUCUUCCAGCUGCCCUACAACGGUGUCAUGCUGGCCAAGACCAUCUCAGCCUUCAACCAGACCAGCUCGUGYGAGGAGAGCAAGGCGCUGGACGUGGCGGAUGACGUGACCUACACGCUGGCCUGCUUCCGCUGCUGCCUCAACCCCUUCCUCUACGCCUUCAUCGGCGUCAAAUUCCGCACCGACCUCUUCAAGCUGCUGAAGGAGCUGGGCUGUCUGAGCCAGGAGCGCCUGUGGCAGCUCACGUCCUGCCGGGACAACAAGAGGUCAUCCUUUGCCAUGGAGACUGAGACAACCACCACCUUCUCCCCCUGAGCCGAGCGUUUUGGCUGAGCUGGAAUGGUUUUGGACACUUCCUCCAGUCUGAACUCCUGGCAGAGCAAUACCUGUCACACUGCAGAGAAGGUGAGGGGAAAAUCCAGGAGCCUCCCCCUGUUUCGGGCAGCCAGGACUGCUGGCCAAUAUCCCACGGGUGGAGAGACUUUACAGUAGAGUUGUCACUAAGAGAAAAGCAAGGGAGAGGUGGUGAAUCUGCAAUUCCUCCCGUCGUUUCACCUUCAGCUUAGUCUUCCCCUGCCAAAACGAGAAAUGCUCAAAAURGAACAUUUACCCUAAAAGCGACAAAUGCCAAGAGAAAACAGACGUUGGUGCAGCAGAACUGUGGUUUGGAGCUGAGCUUCCAGGAACAUCCUCCUGGAUUUGGAGGUUGUUUUUAAGGACACAGCCCUGCUGCCCUGCAGUCCUACAGAA